AUGAUCUAUUCAAAAGAAUUUUACUCGAUACUUUCGAGAGAGAAAAAGAUCUCAUCCGAUUCUUAUACGUUUUCUCUUCUAGGUAAUAUUCCUGCUAAUGCUACAUGGAAGCAGAACGGAGUGACUAUUGCUGGAGGUAACGGGGCGGGGAAUGCCACUAAUCAACUCUACCGCCCUAGUGGUCUCUUCGUUGAUGAUGAUCAAACAGUGGUUAUUGCUGACUGGGGGAAUGAUCGUAUCAUGCAAUGGAAGAACGGUGAUACAAUGAAUGGACAAGUUGUUGCUGGUGGCAAAGGCAAAGGAAAUGGAUUACAUCAAUUGGAUUGGCCAACUGAUGUAUUAAUUGACAAAGAGACUGAUAGUCUCAUUAUUUGUGAAGGCACACGAGUUGUACGAUGGUCUCGUCGUAGUAGUACAACACAAGGUGAAAUACUCAUCAACAACAUCUGGUGUUCGAGAUUAGCAAUGGAUAAACAGAGAUAUCUAUACGUUUCUGACUUCGUAAAACAUGAAGUAAGACGAUACCAAUUGGGUGAGAAGAAUGGCACUCUCGUAGCUGGUGGAAAUGGGCAAGGUGAUGGUCUCAAUCAAAUCGAUUCGCCGGGAUAUCUCUUUGUCGAUGGACAACAGAAUGUCUACGUAUCAGACACCGAUAAUCAUCGCGUAAUGAAAUGGAAUAAAGGUGCAAAAGAAGGUAUUGUGGUCGCUGGAGGACAAGGCGCAGGGAGUGCUCUGACACAAUUAUAUUGGCCUAGUGGAAUCUUCGUUGAUACGUUGGGUACACUCUAUGUAGCAGACAAGGGGAUUAAUCGUGUAAUGCGUUGGACUCAAGGAGGCACGAAACAAGGCACUGUAAUUGUGGGUGGAAGUGGUCAAGGAGCAGGAGCAAAUCAGUUCAGCAAUCCCAGUGGUUUGUCUUUCGACCGACAUGGUAAUCUCUAUGUCGUCGAUAUAGUUAAUAAUCGUGUUCAACGAUUUUCUAUCGAAUAA